GGCAACUUGAUGUUUACAAUCUCAUAUUUAUUCGAAUAAAAUAUUUUAACGAAAAUCUGAUAGCAAGAAUCUACUACAGGAAAGUAAUGGACAAGAAAAACCUCACCAGCAUGAUGAGACCUUGUUUGGACAGGGACAUCAUAGGAGAAUCUUCAAAGCUAUUAAGGAUGGUCUCAAAUUCGUACAAGGUUUCAGUGUAGCAAUCCAAUUCAGUGUCUCUCUGCAGAAAAAAUGGUAAAAAAUGUUUAUCCUGAAAAUCCUUUCAAGAUGCUUAUUGUAAGUAAAAUGCAAAUAGAAAUGAUACUUGUGUUAUUGGAGCUGCACAGUUAUUUGAUGUUUUCUGUGGCUUUUUAAAAGAAGUUAUGCAUCAAGGCUCCUAUAAAAGCAACUAUACUUCAUGGACAGUAGAACAUUGGAUCUGGGCUUGGAUAUGAUUUUUAAAAAGUUGUCAAAUGUACGAACUAGCAAUGGAUGAAAUAACGCAUCCAGAAAAUAGAACUUUAAUUGCUCAAAUACCUGAAGAUGAAACAAACAAUAGUAUAAGAACACUGAACAUGGAAAGUGUCCCUGUUUUAACAUCUGAGGGUUCUGCUGUUGGCAGUAUAUCAAAUGGUCAGUUCAUACCACUUCUACAAGAUGCUUCUAUUGCUGGUACUGAUCCUCAACAAAGUUACAUUCUUGCCACUAGUGCUGAUGGGAAUACCAUACUUGUAGAUGCAUCUCAGCUUACUGUUCUAACUGACCAAUCCAUUCCUUUAUAUGAUGGCACCAAUCUCUUUCAAGUUGCCCAGGAAACAACAGUCGAUUCUUCUUCUGUUGCUAAGAACUAUGUUGAAGAGGUUAUCCCUCCUGUUAAGCAGAGUAAAAAGCAUAGCUAUCAAACAAUCCGAAAUAUACCUGAUAGAAAUACAGCUGACCAAAUUAUACCUGCUCAAAAUGUACCUCAACGAAAUGUACCGGACCGAAAUAUAACUGAUCGAAACAUGCCUACCCUGAUAAUGCCUGCUGAUGGAGAUCUUCAAAAUGAAGAAAUUUAUCCACCUGAUAGAAAAGGCCCUACCAAGUGUUACAUUUGUGGGCUGGAAUUCCCGGAUUCAAAGAAUUUGCGACGUCAUUGGAAGGUUCAUGCUGACGAUAAGCCAAACAGAUGUAAUGAGUGCAAUGCUUCUUUCAACAAGCUCUCAAACUUACUGCUGCACGAGGCAACUCAUUGUACUACGGAUCCCACAUGUCCAGAAUGUAAGAAGAAAUUUGCGCGAAUGGCCAGCUUGAAGGCGCACAUGAUGAUGCAUGAAACGGAAGAAAAUUUAGUAUGCACUGAAUGUGGUGACGAAUUCAGUACACAGUUUAAAUUGGAUAAACAUAUGCGAAGUCAUGUAGUGGAAAUGGCAGUGGACAAGAGUUUCGUGUGCCGAAUCUGCUCAAAACGGUUUUCAAAAUUGAUGUACCUAAAAGAUCAUAUGAAAAUGCAUUACAAACUAAAAGCAUCUCUGCAUCAUAGAAUAUAUAAAAAGAACAUUGACAGAUCUUCAUUUUCUCAUAAGUGUUACUUCUGUGGCAAACAGUUUCAAAAACCAAGUCAGCUAGUCAGGCAUAAUCGAAUUCAUACAGGUGAAAGACCCUUUAAAUGUGAAAUAUGUAACAGAGCUUUUAACCAAAAAGGUGCAUUAUUAAUUCACAAGGUGAAACACACUGGAGAACGGCCUCACCUUUGCCAGUUCUGCCCUGCCUCUUUUGCUCAAAAGGGAAAUUUACGUAAUCAUAUUCGUCGAGUGCACUCCUUAAUGACCCUUGAAAAUGUAGAUGGAGCGCAUAAAUGUGGAUUGUGUUCUUGCGUCUUCAAAAAAUUAGGCAGCCUUAAUGCCCACAUGAGCCGAGCUCAUUCGAGCAGUACAGUGUCUUUUGUAGAGAUUCCGGAAGAUGGGAAAUCGGAUGAUCCUGUGCAGCAGUUGAGCAAUGUUAUGAGUCAACUUCUAGAAAUGUCUAAGCAGGUAGAAAGUGCUAAAGCACUAAAAGAAAAUGGAAAAAAUUCAGCUGAAAAUGGAGAUGGUGCUGAUAUAUUGCAGCAAGCUUUAGAAAAUAGUGGUUUACCCAACAAUCAAGUGUGGAAUAAGUCAAAGCCCUGGCUUUUCUCAAUGUGUGAUACUGUAACUGGUACAAUAAAUAAGCACAUUAUGAGGAACGUUGGUGGUGUUAGAUGGUAUCAAUGUAUAUACUGUGCCAAGGAAUUUAAAAAACCCAGUGAUCUAGUAAGGCAUAUUCGUAUCCAUACACAUGAAAAGCCAUAUAAAUGUGAUAUGUGUUUCAGAGCUUUUACUGUCAAAAGUACACUCAAUUCUCAUCUUAGGACGCAUUAUGGAUCCAAAGACUUUGCCUGCGAGCAUUGCAAAAAACUGUUUUCAACCUCUGGAAGCUUAAAAGUUCAUUUACUCCUUCAUACUGGAGCUAAGCCUUUUGUUUGUAAUAUUUGUUCCAAAGGAUUUCGAACAUCGGGUCACUUGAACAGUCAUGUGCUUUGUCAUCAUCGAGAUAAAACCGCGAGAAAAACCAAGAAAUCCAAAGAAGCAAAGCUGCAGAGUGCGAACCUUAAUGUUGCUGAUGUAACUUUACAGGAGCCUAUUCUCAUAACUGAUACAGGCUUGGUACAGGCAGUACCAAAAAAUAGUACAAUGUAUAGUCAAUUCAUUGACAAUGAAUUCCCCAAUGAAAGGCCUUACCGCUGUGAUGUGUGUCAAAGAGGCUUCAAAAAAUCCAGCCAUCUCAAACAGCACUUACGGUCACAUACGGGUGAGAAACCAUAUAAGUGCAAUGUCUGCCAUCAUGCUUUUGUUUCUAAUGGUGUCCUAAAAACUCAUUUAAAAACACACUCGGGUAUUAAAGCAUACAAUUGCGAUAUUUGUGAUACUUCUUUUACUACCAAUGGUUCUCUUAAAAGACACAUGUGCAUACAUAGCAAUGAUAGACCAUAUAUGUGCCCUUACUGUCAAAAAACAUUUAAAACAUCGAUGAACUGUAAAAAGCAUAUGAAAACUCAUCGCUAUGAGUUGGCUUUGGGGAUGGCUUCCGGCGUUGCUGUGACUGUGAUAUCCGACGGCGUUGUUGGGCUUCAAUCCGAAAAUCAAGAGGCAACCGAAAAAGGAAACGACUUGAGUCAAGUUGGUUCUCAGAAUAACUCUGAAGUUGUCAUUGAAGGCAGUUCACAAUUGCAAACUUUAGUUACAUUGCCACAAAAUUUUGCAGCAGAAGAUCAAGGAGUCCAGGAAACGGAAUCUCUUUCUCAAAUUCCUCAGCAUCUAAGCCAAGAAGUAUUCAAUACACAAACAGGUAUGAUUGAGCAAGCCGAAAUUGUGCCCCAUGCAACUUCAUUUGAUCAUACUCAAGGAAAUAUAUUUUCUUUAUCUGGAUCUGAUUUUGUAGGAAAUCAGCUUACUCUUCAGCCAGAGAUUGCAAAUGAGAGUCUUAUUCCAUCCAGUACCUCAAUUUCAGACUCUCUUGUUCCUGAAAACAUGUCAAAUAUUUUACAAACUGAAGAACCAGAUAUGGAAGUGAACAAAACAGUGAGAGAUAUGAAAGAUAGUAUAAUGAAAAAGCUUGGCAGGGAAAAGAAAACUAAGACUGUGCACACAUGUGAACAAUGUCAUAAAACUUUCACAAAACUGAGCUAUUUGAAGCAGCACAUAAUGUCACACACUGGAGAGAAACCAUUCCGAUGUCGCAAAUGUGGACGCAUGUUUGGGACGUUAAGAGUUUUGAAUGCUCACAUCAAGACACACGACGGGUCUAAAGACUUUCAGUGCCCUGAGUGCACAUUGGCCUUCACGACUAAGAGGUCACUUGUGCGCCAUAUGAUUUUGCACGAUCGUACUUUCCCUUUCCAUUGUUCCUAUUGCCCAGAAGCUUUCCCUACCCAAAGUGACUAUCAAGUUCACAUGAAACAAUACCAUGAUACAAGUGCUCCCCCAACCGAAGAAGUCGGUGAAAUAAUUACACCAUCAAUCAUCCAUUUGACGGAAGAAAUUAUUCCUACUGAAGGUGUUGCAGAAGCUGCCCCCGAAAACCAGGAAAUGAUUGAAUCAAUAAAUGAAAUUUAUAAAGAAAAAGAACCUCUUUCAACUGGAAGAAAUGAAUUCACACCUAAGCCUCUACACAGUUGCACGAGGUGUCCAAAGAGUUUCAAGAAACCGAGUGAUCUUGUGCGCCACAUGAGGAUACACACUGGAGAGAAGCCCUUCUCUUGUGAAAGUUGUGGUAAAUCCUUCACCGUGAAAUCAACUCUGGACAGUCAUAUAAAGACACACUCAGGGGAGAAGAAUUUCACUUGCCAAGUGUGCUGUUCCCGCUUUGCUACUAAAGGCAGCUUAAAAGUUCAUAUGAGACUGCACACAGGUGCUCGACCAUUUCAAUGUCCUCACUGUGAUUUAUUCUUUCGUACUUCUGGUCAUCGUAAAAGUCACAUGAUCUCUCACUUUAAUCCCGGUCGCAAGCAGCGGAAAAGGCAAUUCAAAAGCGACUCUGCAGUUAUGGAAAAAGGAUCAUUUCAACAAGUGGAAAUUUUACCUUCUGUAACACUCUCAGAAGAUGUCAUUGUGACUCAAUCUGGGACCGUCGUCACCCAGUCGGAAGCAAAUACUGAAAUACAAAUCCCUCAAAUCAGCCAAGAAGACAUCCAGUUACAGCUUACGUCUCCAGUUGUUGGCCAAAACAUUCAGAUUACAACGAUAGAACACCCCCUGUUGCCAAAGCCGAUUCAGAUUGAUUCUGCCAUGCUACAACAACUUGGCAAUAUCAAUAUAAAUAUUACACUGAGCCAAAGCCUUUCUGAGCAAUUAAAUAACCAGAAAAUAGUAGAUACCAGUCAGCCUCAACAGAUAUUAAAUAUCACUACUCCAACUUCAGGAAUCCCCGUCACUUCGGGCACCUUUACUUUAAAUCCUAUGGUAAUCCACCAAUUGGGGUUUGCAAUAAAUCCUCAAACACAACCAGACAACCAGAAUAUUGAAAACAUAACCAGUAACAAUAUUGAGGUACUUCAAACUGGUGAGAUUUUAGAUUCACAAACUCUUACUAUUGAAGGUAACACAGAGAAUGAUCUAGUGCUGAAUAUUGCCAACAAAAACACUUUAAAUUCAUUGUUUGUCAAUGAAGGUACCACACAAAAUUAUCAAUCUAUUGACGCUAGCACUAUCGAUCAUUCCAUAAAACCACUUCACUCGUGCAAUACCUGUAAAAAAACAUUCAAAACUGUUGGACAAUUAAAUGCACAUAUGGCGACACAUAACGUAUCCAAAUGUAUUUACCGCUGUGAGGACUGCAAGAAGGAGUUUAAGAAAAGAUAUCAUUUUUUGAAGCAUAUGCAGAUUCAUAGUUAAGAUAUAAAUAUUGAGAUUGUUAUCGGAAUACAGAAAUACGUUAUUAGAAACUUUAUGCCUUUGUUUUUACCUUGCUCAAAUUUAGCUUCGUACAUGACAGAAAAUGGGCAUUAAAGUUUGCUGUUUUAAAGCGCAAUAUUUUUGUGAAAUUGCUUAUAUUUCUUGAAAUAAAAAGAAUAUUUUGAAUA